AGUCAUCCCGCGGUGCAGGGUAGCCACCGAGCGCCUAGGGUUCUGUGGCCGUGCGCCCUCUGCCGGGUGUCUACGCCCUCUGGCCAUGCGACCGGACCAGGUCGCCGACGUCCCCCGUACCCCGCACGCGCCAUUGCAGCGCCUCCGGGGCUCCGCCUAGAUCUCCCUCGGCCACGGCGCGGCGCCCGCUGGAGCUGCAGCCGUCAAGCCGAUCGCCGACCACCGACCACCGGCCGAGCCGCCGCAGCUAGCUGUGCUUUGAAGCAUGGGUUGUUUUGAACAAGUUACUCCAGAAGGCCCUGAAACUAAUCAGCACGAUGAGCAGCGCUCCAUACGUUUACAUGCAUUUUCUGAUCUAUCACACGUCCCUGCAGCCACUUUUAUUUAUCUCUUAAAGGACUGCUAUGGAUAUGGUACUAACAAAGCAACCUCAAAGUUUAAGAUCCUCAUGCAGCUGGUAAAAGUGGCAUUGCAUAAUGGUCCACAGCCAGGCCCGUUCACAUAUGUUGUCCAGUGUAUGUAUAUUGUACCUCUGCUGGGGAAAACUUAUUCUGAAGGGUUCAGCCAUAUGUUGACAUCUUCUUUAAGGCACUUGAAAUCUGUGGAAUCAGUACAGAAAGAUUUCUUGGAGGCAAAGCACCUUGCUGCACAACUUGUUCUUGAUAUCCUUGAUUCUGUUGUACCCCAUGAGAAUCGCAUAUUGAUCAAGCUUCUUGAGACAUUUGAAAUUGAGUUGAGAGACAUGGCUCAUGCUUUGUAUGGUUCAGAGUUGUAUGAUGAUCUAAUGAAAGCAAGGGAACAUCUCAGACAGCAAGUAAAGCGCUGUAUGGAAUCAGAAUCCAAUGCAGUCGCUGUGGCUCUAAUAACACGUUUUUCCAUCCAAUGCUGUGAUGAGUCCUUUAUCAUAAAAUUGAUUGAAAACAAUCAAUUAGAGAUUGCAGAGGAGUGUGCUACUUUCAUGGGCAAGGAAAUGAUAUCUUUAGUCAUUCAAAAGUAUCUAGAUACAAAAAUGCUGAAGAGUGCGAACAAAUUGGUCAAAGAACAUGAACUCACAGAAGACUUCCCAGAUGUUAGCUAUUUGUAUAAAGAGAGUUUAGUAAAGAAGUUGGCUGAGAAAGGAUGCUGGGAUAUUGCAGAAACUAGGGCCAAGAAGGAAACAAAACUCCUGGAAUACCUGGUAUAUUUAGCAAUGGAAGCUGGUUAUAUGGAGAAAGUUGACGAGCUUUGCCAGCGAUACUCUCUUGAAAGUUAUGUUGACUCUUUGGUCCCGGAGAAGGUUUUCUGUGUAUCUGAUUACUUGGAUCUGAAGAAAUUGGAUGUGGAAGAAAUUGUCUGGGUUGAUGAGAUCAAUGGGCUGCUUAGUGCAACAAGUAAUAUUGAAGCUUGUAAAAUUAUUGGCAUGGAUUGCGAGUGGAGACCUAAUUUCGAGAAAAAUACUAAACCUAGUAAGGUCUCAAUCAUACAAAUUGCAUCAGAUAAGGUAGCCUUCAUUUUCGAUCUGAUUAAACUCUAUGAGGAUGACCCAAAAACAUUGGACAGCUGCUUGAGGCGUAUUAUGUGUUCAUCUAAGAUACUAAAGCUUGGCUAUGACAUUCAAUGUGAUCUUCAUCAACUAACGCAAUCCUAUGGAGAAUUGGAUUGUUUUCAGUCCUAUGAAAUGCUACUUGAUAUGCAGAAGCUGUUUAAAGGGGUUACUGGUGGCCUCUCUGGAUUGUCGAAGGAAAUAUUAGGAGCUGGUUUGAAUAAGUCCCGGCGUAAUAGCAACUGGGAGCAACGGCCGCUAACCCAAAAUCAGAAAGAGUAUGCUGCUCUUGACGCUGUGGUCCUUGUGCAUAUAUUCCAUGAACACAUGCGGAGGCAAGCACAGUUUGGUGUCUCUGAGGGAAGCAAAGUGGAAUGGAAGUCUCAUGUUGUUUCCCGAGUGAAUAGCAUGCGUAGGCCAUUGCGUUUCUAGUAGGGUUAGACAAGCUGAUUAAUGCUGGAGUGAAUAUUUCUAACAUCUACAUGUGCCGUCUUUUGGAGCAUAAACUUCCGAGGAGCCAGCUUUGUUUCCUUUGACAGUUCUCUGGCAUCAUAGGCUCAUAGUUGAUCCCCAGAAUCUAGUGCUGCGACUUCGUUACUCUUGCCUUGUAUAUAUUUACCUCCAUCAGAGUUUUUACUUUCCUGCUGUAUCGCAUUCAUGCUGAGUGCAAUCGGUACCAGUUGGAUUUCGUUUUCUGCUA